AGAGAGAGAGAGUGAGAGAGGGGGGGAGAAAGGAAAAAAAAGGGCAGACUGGACAGUGUUGUGCAGAGGGCGCUCAGUGCUAUUAUUACAGAGGCUGCCAUAGCUGUUCCUUCCAGUGAAAUGUACAUCAAACGUGAGUUGUUUUCCGAUUUACAGAAGAGUGCUGGUGUAGAGGAGUGGUCAGGGUCGGAGAUCAGUAUGCACUUUUAGGUUCGACGUCGCCUUGAACGCAGCAGCAGCAGCAGCAGCAACCUCGCAGAGCCUCAAGUGCGUUUUUAAUCUCCGAAGUUGUGUCAAGCGGGCGAUGGUUCGCAUCUGAUUGUUGCUCAACUAUCCGGAGAGGACUGCAGACACGGCAAACGCUGCAUUGUGGCGACUGAGACGCCGAUUCCUGCCCGAGGAUUGCACAAUCCGAUCUCUCCAAAAUGUCAUCUCAGGCGAAAAUCAAGAAGGACAAAGAGAUUAUUGCUGAAUAUGAGACCCAAGUGAAAGAGAUCCGUAACCAGCUGGUGGAGCAGUUCCGUUGUCUAGAGCAGCAGUCCGAGUCCCGGCUGCAGCUGCUGCAGGACCUGCAGGAGUUCUUCCGUCGAAAGGCUGAGCUCCAGCUCGAGUACUCCAGAGGCCUGGACAAACUGGCUGAGCGUUACUCUGCCAAGAUCCGCACCUCCAGAGAGCACCAGCAUUUCAAAAAGGACCAGAAUCUCGUGUCCACUGUGAACUGCUGGUAUUUGGUCUUGGACCAGACCAGGCGGGAGAGCAGAGACCACGCCACUCUCAGUGACAUCUACAACAACAACGUCAUUGUCCGUCUGGCACACGUGGGCGAGGAUGUCAUCAGACUUUUCAAAAAGAGCAAAGACAUCGGGGUGCAGAUGCAUGAGGAGUUAGUGAAAGUCACCAAUGAGCUCUACACAGUGAUGAAGACGUACCACAUGUACCACACUGAGAGUAUCAGUGCUGAGAGCAAGCUGAAGGAGGCAGAGAAACAGGAAGAAAAGCACAUUGGCAAGGUCAAUGACAUUAGUUCCAGCCUUCUGCGGUAUGGACAUGAUGAACGUCCACAGCGACGGAGCUCUGUCAAGAAGAUGGAGAAAAUGAAGGAGAAGAGACAAGCCAAGUACUCUGAAAACAAGCUGAAAUGCACAAAGGCCCGGAACGACUAUCUGCUCAAUCUGGCUGGUACCAAUGCCCUGGUGGCCAAAUAUUAUAUCCAUGAUGUCUCGGACAUGAUAGAUUGUUGUGACUUAGGUUACCAUGCAAGCCUGGCACGCACCCUGAGAACCUACUUGUCUGCAGAGUAUAGCCUGGAGACUUCUCGCCAUGAGGGUCUGGACUUGCUGGAGGGAGCAGUAGAUGCCAUGGACAUCAGAGGAGACAAGCUGAAGUUCAUGGACACGCACAGCCAGAUCUUCUGUCCUCCAGCACGCUUUGACUAUCAGCCACACAUGGGGGAUGAGGUGUGUCAGGUGAGUGCACAGCAGCCUGUCCAGACUGAGCUCUUGAUGCGCCACCACCAGCUGCAGUCACGCCUGGCCACACUGAAGAUAGAAAAUGAAGAGGUGAGGAAGACUCUUGAUGCUACCAUGCAGACCCUUCAGGACAUGCUCACAGUGGAGGACUUUGAUGUGUCAGAGGCCUUCCAGCACAGCCAAUCCACAGAGUCGGUCAAAUCAGCUUCCUCUGACUCCUACAUGAGCAAGGCAAACAUCAGUAAGAGACGAGCCAAUCAGCAGGAGACCGAGGGCUUCUACUUCACUAAAUACAAGGAGUACUUGAAUGGCAGCAAUCUCAUUGUCAAACUGCAGGCCAAGCAUGACCUUCUGAAGCAGACGCUAGGAGAAGGGGAGAGGGCUGAAUAUGGAACAACAAGGCCCCCCACUCUUCCCCCUAAACCCCAGAGAAUGCGGAAGUCUAGACCUCGCUCCAUUUUUAACCGUAAGCUGUUUAACGGCAAUAUGGAGGCCUUCAUUCAGGACUCAGGACAGCCUAUACCAGUGGUGGUUGAGAGCUGCGUUCGAUACAUCAAUCUGUAUGGUCUUCAGCAGCAAGGUAUAUUUCGAGUUCCAGGUUCCCAGGUCGAAGUCAACGAUAUUAAAAAUGCAUUUGAAAGAGGAGAGGAUCCACUCGUGGAUGAUCAAGCCGAUCAUGACAUCAACUCUGUGGCAGGCGUUCUUAAGCUCUACUUCAGGGGCUUGGAAAACCCGCUGUUCCCUAAAGAGAGAUUCCUCGAUCUCAUAUCUACAACCAAGCUUGACUCAGGUGCAGAAAGAGCUCAUCACCUUCAGCAGAUUAUUGUGACUCUUCAGCGGCCUGUGAUCAUCGUCAUGAGAUACCUGUUUGCAUUUCUAAAUCACCUUUCACAGUACAGUGAUGAGAACAUGAUGGACCCUUACAACCUGGCUAUUUGCUUUGGUCCUACAUUGAUGCCAAUACCAGAUGACCAGGACCCUGUGUCCUGCCAGGCGCAUGUUAACGAGGUCAUUAAGACCAUUAUCAUCCACCAUGAGGCCAUCUUCCCGACCCAGCGUGAAUUGGAGGGACCUGUGUAUGAAAAGUGUAUGGCUGGUGGGGAAGAGUACUGUGAAAGCCCCCACAGUGAGCCAGGAGCCCUUGACGAGGUUGACAAUGGUACUGGACCAAACACUAGUGAUGAAGAGGUGGAGCAGAUUGAGGCCAUAGCAAAGUUUGACUAUGUGGGCCGAAGUCCUCGGGAGCUUUCGUUCAAGAAGGGAGCCUCUCUGUUACUCUACCUCCGAGCCUCUCAGGACUGGUGGGAGGGCCGACAUAACGGUGUGGAUGGGCUGAUCCCACAUCAGUACAUUGUGGUACAAGACAUGGAUGACGCGUUCUCAGAUAGCAUUCAGAGGACUGAUAGUGCAGCCAGCAGCGGACUACACCACGAUGAAAGAACCUCAUCCAGAAUUGGCCGCCAAUCUCCUUGCGAACACACACCUGAGCACCGCUUUGGAGCAGCAAUGGGAAGAGUGAGAGUGCGAUCAGAUGGAGCAGCAGUUCCACGCCACAGGAAUGGCGCUGACAGUCACAGCCCCAGCCGAGCUGCAGACCACCCUCCUAGGGUUAUGCCUCGGCCAUGCAGCCCACACAAAGUAGCUGUUAGCCGAGGGCCAACAGACAGUCCGGAGAAACGGCGUCUCACCACUUUUGGCAGUGCUGGCUGCAUCAACCACCCAGACAGAAAGGCCUUCGUCGACAGCCACUCUCAGCGAUCUUCACCCAGCACCACUCGGCAUGCAAGUUUAGGAGAUCACAAAGCCCUCGAAGCUGAAGCACUAGCUGAGGACAUAGAGAAAACCAUGAAUACAGCUCUCCAUGAGUUGCGUGAGCUGGAACGACAGAAUGUAGCCAAACAUGCCCCUGAUGUUGUUUUGGACACAUUGGAGCCCCUCAAACACCCCGGUGGAGCCCAGGAUCCACCUGGCAGCCCUCUCCACACCAUGGUCAUCAGGGAUCCAGAUGCAGCACAGCGACGUACCAGCAGCAGCUCCUCCUCUGAGACCAUGACCACUUUUAAACCUGCUCUGUCAACACGUAGACCGAGUGCACCUCUAAGGCCCCCGCCUGUCAGACCUGUCCGACCUGCUCCUGUGAUUGGACAGGGCCAGGGACCACACCGCUCCAGCAGCUCUAGUUCUUCUGGUCUGGGAAGUCCAGGCAUCACACCUACUGACAGGGUCUUUCCCAAACCUCCCUCCCCAUCACCAUCCACCUCCUCCUCAUCCUCAGACAAACAAGGUAACAUGUAGCUCCAGUCAGUCACAAGUCAAGUGGUUGAAGAACAUUGUGGAUACAGAGUGAUUGUGAUGACCGUCACAUUGGCACCUGGUCUGUAUGAUGCAUAUUUACCACAAAUCUUGUAUAGUGCUAGACAGCUGCUGCUGGUUUCUGACAACUGUGUGCCCACACAUUGACUCGUUGGUGGACAAGUUAAUGUACUAUAUUACAAUAUUACACAGAAAUAUGAUUUAAAACUAUGAGAAUGAUUUUAAAUAAUGCUACAAUGCUGAAUAGCCAUGCUGGAUAAAAAAGGGAUGCACUGGAAAAUACUUCUGUUUACUGAAAUCUGACAGUGAAACAUCUCCUGUUAUUAGGUAACAAAAAUGCUGUGAGCUUGGACUUUGUAUCUGGUUUCAUGUUCCGUUAUGAGGGAACAUUUAAGGGAAUAUUUUACCACUAUUUAUGUAGACGUUCAGUCUCUGCUGGUGGUCUCUAUAGUCUAUUAAACCUUGUCCAAAAGUGCCAGCAUAUACCAGAAAGGUUUCCAACAACAGGCAGACACCAUGACUGUGUCUGAAACCACUCUCUAUUUGCUAUGUAGUGCACUAUAUUAACCGUAUGCCAUUUUAUUUGAAUGUCUGCACUCUAAGUGGAAAAUUUACAUCUAUGUAGUGCCCUUAAAAAAUUCCAACAACGGAACAAAAAAAAAGUUUUGUGCAUGGCAUGUAAACUCUUUUCUGCCAACAAUGUGUCACAAUUUACAGAUGCAGAUACAUUACAGUUGUGUGACGCUACACUUGUUAGUGAAUAUAGUAAACUAUUGAGUGUCUGUUAUAUGGGGAGAAGUGGGUAUGUUAACGAGGGGUGAUUUCAGACACAGUCCAUGGCUGAAUGGUAAAAUUGCAUUAAAUUGCAGUUCUUCUAGUGGCCACUAGUUGCUGAUUCAAAGGAAAUUAUAUCCAUAUCUGAGUCACUAUUUGAAAAACAGAAAGAUUUUGGAACCACUCAGUGAAGUGACAUUGCAGACAGCAGUGCUCGCUACACCCCCACAUUGGCUACCUUUUUUUCCUUUUUUUUAUAACAAACAAACUUAUCAGAUCACUUAUUUGAAAAAUUAUAUAAUCAUACACCAAUGCUACACAUGAUGGCUAAACGAAAUCAGAACAUCCUCUAACCUUUUUUCUUGGAAUGCUCAGUUAUUUUUUUUCCACAAGAGGAGUAAGAAGUUCCAAAGAAAAAACAGUCCCGUUAAAACUCACUGCAGUGUUUCGGUUGGGAUUUGGUCAGCAACUGAAGGACAAAUACUCCAGGAAACUUUGUCAUCACAACAAGUGGUGCUGCUGCAGUCUGGCCGGCGUUGGCAGAAUCACUGACUUUGGCAGAACCACUGGCCAAUAGCCUGGGUUGGGCCAGGUCAACUGUUAGCAGUGCAGGAGUACAAUCAACCUGAGACUCUGCCUCCCUUUGUUGCAUUUCCUCAGCAGUGGACCAGGACUGUUACAAUCCCACUGUGACUCUGACAUUCGUUAAUUCGUAAUGUUCACAGCAUGUCAGUACUGGCAAGCUGUUCCAAAAUGUACUCAUUAAGCCUUAUAACAGGAGACGAGAAAAUGAAACUUAUCUCAGCCAAAACUAUAUUUUUCCUUCAUUCAUUAAUCUCAAUAUAGGUCAGUGGAUGGCUGAAGCAGACCCAGCUGCAGGGCUACAGUUACACAGAGAACAGAGACAAUUAUUGUGAACAUAGACAUACCACCCCUAUAACUAAUACAAGGAAAUAAAGAUGAAAAUCAGUAAAAAUGUUCUUAUAAUAUAGUCAUCUCUCUAUAUAAAAAGAUUAGUUGUGUUACCUCAAUAAAUAAGUAAAAUGUUCUUCUACAAUUCAAGUGACUAAUGCACUUAUGAACACUACAGGGAACUGUGCUGCAUUUGUAGGUUCUGUGUUUUCAUUUUGACGAAGUUGUACUAGAAACAUGAUAUAGCACAUCAGUAUCAUUGAAGCUUACAUAAUGUCUAGAUUGCACAUGGUCAGUUCAGGCUGUGCGGUUGUUUAGAUGAACUUGUUUACUGUUGGUGGUGUUUGUUGUCUGUCUUAUAAGGAUGAUCAAUAUAUCUUUAAAGUGUAAUAGGUACAUUGGAUUGAAUAUAUACAUAUUGUUAAAGGAUACUUGUAUAAAUAACAUUGUAUGAUAGGAACAGGAUAUAUUAUCAUGUCUAGUCUGUAGAUUUUUGUAACUCUUAUCCUUGCACAAACAUUAACAAAACAAUAAAUCAAUGAAACCGCACAGAAA